UGCAUGUGGCAUGUUCCCCUGAGGAGACCCACAUGCGCAACGGCGUGGUGUCGGACGUAUAGACUGAUUCGGCGGCUUGGCGGACCACCAACAUCUUAGACGAUAGGGACGUCGUGAGAUCGGGUCAUGGGUUGGGGGGGAAAUCCUAUCAAUAGUCUGGGGGUAGAAGAAAGGGAAUCGGUACCGGUAUGUGGUGUCGCUAGCCUCAUUGCGCAAUGCGAAUGCGCGCUUGCUUGUUAGUGUUUUUAAAGGUUGGGUGUCCCUGAGGUUUGUCUUCAGCUCGAUAGGCUUUGUGCUCACUCACUGGGCUGCUUGUCCCUACGUCUCUCUUUACAACCGUAAUCAUUAAUACACUCGCUCAUUUUUUAUACGACCCGCUAUCAAGCUUCUGACUGGGCUCAAGUGCGUUAUCUUGACCAGCAUUCCUUCCUUAACCACGUUCUUUGCAGAAAGCGACAACAAUCCGACGUUCGCUAUUUUCCUUUUCCGCAAGCUAUGGCUCGAUCUAUCAUAAUACAGGCGCUCUCAGCGUCUUCUCUCCUAUUCUCGGUCGCUUCCGCGACGAUUGAAGCUUGUCCCGGCAAGGAGACCACAUGGAGUUCUGGCGCCGGCCAGCUCUACACAACAUGUCCCAAUACCGACUACCAGCGCGGCGGUAGAAGUCUGCAGAUUGUGCAGAACGUGGGCAACUGCCAAUCCUGCGUGGAAAUCUGCAGCAAAGAUACGCGGUGCCGCAAAGCUGUUUACGACAAGCAGCAACGCAUCUGCCAUGUCAAGGACGAUAAGAAUUUGAUGUUCUGGGCAUCAGACUCACGCUUCGACGCUAUCCGCUUGGACACUGAGAUCAAAGAUGGAUCGUUCAUUUCGACUUGCCCUGUCGAACUCACCAAGUACCGUUCAUCUGGCGGUGCGAACUUCGAUGUCUGCCGCGGUUCCGAUUACGAGGGAAGAAGUGUGAAGAUCGUCCGUCAAGUAACCACCAUCAACGCAUGUGCCGACCUGUGCUCCACGACCAGGGACUGCAAGAAAGCGGUGUUUGACCACAACGACAACGUCUGCCACAUCAAGGGUGCUGAGCCAGCGACGUCGCUUGUCUGGGUGAAGAACAAGCGGUUCUCCACCAUCACCGCGCCUGUUGUCUCCGACAUAGCGAAGCAAGGCAAAUGGUCUGAUAUUAUGCGUUUGCCUUUGAUCCCUGUCGCAGCGUACGUCGUGCCACAAUUCCCCCAAGCUGACCGUCUCAUGUUCUUCUCCUCUUGGGGUGUGGACGCUUUUGGUGGAGCUUCGGGAAUGACCCAGUUCGGUGAUCUUAACUUCGAAACGGGCGCUGUCUCCCACCGUGAAGUUGUUAACACACACCACGACAUGUUUUGCCCGGCCAUGAGCGCGCUCGAGGACGGUCGUAUUCUCAUUCAAGGAGGCUCGGAUGCCGAAGCUGUCAGCAUCUACGACCCUGCCACCAACAACUUCAGCCGUGGCUCCGAUAUGACUAUUGGUCGUGGCUACCAAACCUCGACUAUACUUUCGAACGGAAAAGUCUUCACCAUUGGCGGCGCCUACUCCGGACCACGCGAGGGAAAGAAUGGAGAGAUUUACGACCCCGCGACCGAGGAAUGGACCGCUCUACCCAAGGCUGACGUAAAGCCAAUGCUGACAGUCGACCAUGAAGGUAUCUGGAGAGAGGACAACCAUGCCUGGCUGUUUGGCUGGAAAGCCGGCAGCGUUUUCCAGGCGGGGCCAUCCAUGGACCAACACUGGUAUGGCACCGAGGGCCAAGGAUCAGUUGUCAAGGCCGGUACUCGCGACACCGAACACGCCAUGUGCGGAAUCUUCGUCAUGUACGAUGCGAUCCGUGGCAAGAUCCUCUCCGCCGGCGGAUCCCCCGACUACACCGACAGCAACGCCAACAAGCACGCACACAUCACCACCAUCGGAGAGCCCAACACCCCUUCGCAAAUCGAACGCGUAUCUGACAUGGCCUACCAGCGCGGAUUCUCCAACGCGGUAGUCUUCCCCGAUGGCACUGUCCUCGUAACCGGCGGACAGCCCCGCUCUCUCGUCUUCACCAACACCAACGGUGUCUUGAUCCCUGAGCUCUUCAACCCCGCCACGAAGCAGUGGACACAGCUCGCCGCAUCCGCAGUCCCCCGUAACUACCAUUCCGUCUCCAUCCUCCUCCCCGACAGCCGCGUCUUCGUCGGCGGCGGCGGUCUCUGCUACGUCAACAAGAUCCGCGGUUCCACCGCAGGCUGCGACAAAUCCGUCGACCACGCCGACGGCGAGUUCUUCGAGCCCCCCUUCCUCUUCAACGAAGACGGCACCUACGCCCAGCGCCCCGUCAUCUCCGGUCUCCCGCAAGCCUCCGUCAAGAUCGGCUCUACUCUCACGUUCCAGGUCACCGAAAUCAUCGCUGGAGGUGAUGCUAAGCUAUCGCUUAUCCGCAUGGGUUCCGUCACGCACUCGGUGAACAGCGACCAGAGGCGCAUUCCGCUUGAGGAUGUGACCGUAAAUGGCAACGAAUACUCGGCGAAGCUGCCUACCGACAGUGGUAUUCUUCUUCCUGGGUACUACUACUUGUUCGCCAUGUCGAGCCAGGGUACACCCAGCAUUGCGCAGACUGUGCAGGUGGUUUUGUAG